CGAGCUCGGCCAAGCCUUCUAUGUGAUUGAAGCCACGAUGCUAUCAAGAAAGAAGUGUACCUCGUCAAAGUAAUGAGUAGGUACCGUACCUAGAUAAGCUAGUAGCUUAUAGGCAAAGCAUCUGAACAAUUAUCUAAAACACCAAGUGGUAGGUAGGGAGGAUAAACAUGGCGAUGUUCCCUGUAAGUUACAUGGGUAUAUCCAAUACUUACCUAGGUAACUUAGAUUCUUCCGGUAUUCGAGUUACUUUUGCCGGAAUAUGUGGAAAGGCCACGCGAGCUCCAUUGUCCAAACAUAUGGCUAGGCACUUUGGGAUAAAGUGACUUCCAGCAUUCACUUCUUAAUGCCUCUAUAGUUUCUAUAUGCAAUCACUAUCUUCGAUCGACCAUGGCCGAGAAGAAGCCUAAUUUUCUCAUUAUUGUUGCGGAUGACUUGGGGUUUAGUGAUACCUCCCCGUAUGGAGGCGAGAUCGACACACCAAAUCUGCAGAAAUUAGCUGAGGAGGGAAUCCGCAUGACCGGCUUCCAUACAGCCGCAUCAUGUUCCCCCACGAGAGCUAUGCUAUUGUCAGGCACAGAUUCUCAUAUUGCCGGGCUAGGGGUGAUGGCUGAGAAGAUAAAAAAGGCUCCUCGACUUUUCGAGGGCAAGCCUGGAUACGAAGGAUAUCUUAACUACCGGGUUGCUGCUCUAGGAGAAAUCCUUCAAGAUGCCGGGUACUUCACCCUCAUGAGCGGGAAAUGGCAUUUGGGCUUAAAAAAGGAGCUUGGCCCUCAUGCCAGGGGGUUCACCAAGGUGUUAUCUACUCUACCGGGAGCUGGGAACCACUUCAACCAUGAACCGCAAUUAUAUGAUCUUAAGGAAAAGCCUUCGGCAAUUUUUAAGGGUGAUGGAAUAUGGAUGAAGGAUGGAGAGUUCAUAGACGGGGGCACAGAUCUACCUAAGAGCUUCUACUCCUCUAACACAUUUACAGACUACUUCUUGGACUUCUUACGGGACAGGACAGAAGAUGAGAGAGCGCAACCCUUCUUUGGCUAUCUUCCCUUCACGGCACCUCACUGGCCUCUACAAGCACCACGAGAUGUCAUCAACAAGUAUCGUGGUAAAUAUGAUGAUGGCCCCACUGUACUACGCGAUCGAAGACUUCGACGCUUGAUUGAAAAGGGGCUUGUGCCCCCUGAUAUCGAGCCUGCGCCUUUGCAUAUGCUCAAGACCACGCCUUGGGAGGAAUUGACAGAGGACGAGAGGAAAUCGUCUUCCAGGGCUAUGGAGGUCUAUGCUGCAAUGGUAGACCUCAUCGACGUGAACAUUGGCCGUGUAAGAGCCUAUUUGGAGGAAACUGGCGAGCUCGACAACACCUUCAUCGUCUUCAUAUCCGAUAAUGGUGCCGAAGGGCAAUUGCUAGAAGCCUUGCCGAUACUAGCCGGCUACACAGUAGAGGAUAUUGUGAAGAAAUACUACGAUAACUCGCUGGCCAAUAUUGGCAACUAUAAUUCAUUUGUAUGGUAUGGUCCGCAAUGGGCAGGGGCAGCUACAGCUCCGUCACGGGGAGCCAAGUCACACUCGACUGAAGGCGGAAUCCACUGCCCCUGUAUUGUACGAUACCCUCCCGCGUUGAAGCAAACUGGCCUCGUCAACAACGCUUUCACAACAGUGAUGGAUAUCGUCCCAACUAUACUGGACCUGGCGAGGUUGAAACACCCAAGCCCUGUCUUCCGCGGGCGUGAGGUCGUACCCGUUCGGGGAAGAUCCUGGAGGCCAAUUUUGGAGAGGCCAGAAGACCAGACGAUCCAGAUAUACAACGAUACUGACAUUGUGGGCUGGGAACAACUUGGGAUUGCCGCGGUGAGGGUAGGCGAUUGGAAGGCGUUAUUCCUACCUCCACCAAAAGGUCCAGGGAAAUGGGAAUUAUACGACCUCUCCAAGGACCUUGGCGAGGUCCAUGACCUAGCGGAAAGCCACGCAGAAAAACUGAGGGAGAUGCUUUGCCACUACGAAACUUACUUUCAGGAGACGGGCAUGUUCGAUUCGUACACCAUGUACACUGAGGCACUGAAGCAGAAAAGACUCGGACAGAUGAGGGCUUAUUAAGUGGGGUUGGAGUGAGGAAUAGAUC